AUGUCGUCACAUUAUACCACCGAGCCAGCAGCCACCGCAUCCGCGACUCUAAACACCACCUUUGGUCCUCUCCACAUCGCUCUCUGGGCGAACCAGACCCCGCAAACUUGUAGAAACUUCCUCCAACAUUGCAAGGAUAACUACUACACUGGUACAAUCUUUCAUCGCAUCGAGCCCGGCUUCCUUAUCCAAGGCGGCGACCCAACAGGCACAGGGUCAGGUGGUACGUCAAUCUACGAGGAGCCGGAAUUCGAAUAUGACCCGGACGCACGCGAUCCCAACGAGAAAGUGGUACUACGGGAUGAGCUACACAGCCGGUUGCGAUUCAAUCGGCGCGGGCUGGUGGGGAUGGCGAAGGGCGAUGAUGGGACAUACGGGAGCCAGUUUUUCAUCACGCUGGCCAAUACUGAGCGCGAAUUGAACGGACAGUGUACUUUGUUCGGCCGAAUCGAAGGCGACAGUAUAUACAAUGUAGUGAAAAUUGCGGAGGCCGAGCGGAUCGAAGGUACCGAUCGGCCAGUGUACCCGGUGAAAGUGACAUCUUGUGAAGUGGGUGAAUUGGGGCCCCUGGAAGGCAAGAUCAAGACACGACAGAUCACGGCGACAGCACCGACAAAGACAGACGAGAAACCAGUGCCCAGAAAGAAAAAGAAGGCUGCCAAGGGAGGUAAAAUGCUACUGAGUUUCGGAGACGACGAAGGCGACGUGGAUAUGCCCGUGCGGUCUGCAAAACCCAAAUACAAUUCUUCACUCGUCACGGACACAGGUCUCCCAGGACCCGAUGAGCGCUCCAAACAAGCUCGGUCUACGAAACAGGAGCAGAUGUCAGCGCAGGCUCGAAAACGACCCCGUUCCCCUUCCCUCGAACGAGUGCGUAAAGAUCGCCCAAAGACACCAGACCGGGCAUCUCAACUACCUCUACCAGACCCUGAAUCUCCAGAACGUUCUCCAUCCAGACCAAGAUCCAAAUCUCCCGCAGAAAGGCCAUCAAACCUGUCCCGAACGAACGCCGAAAUCGAGGAUCUGAAGGCCUCCAUGCGUCGCAACGUCCAUGCCGGCCCAGCCGAUACAGGACGGAAGAAAUCUGCCUUGGAAGCUAUGAUCCCUGAGACAGCUAUCCGAGGACGCAGAAGAGGCACAGCCAACGGCAUGACAGCUUUCAGUGGCUCAGCAGAAACCGAAACACUAAAACUGUUCAAUGCAUUCAAAGCCAAGCUCGAAGGUGCCGACUCGCUGCCCUCCGCUCGAGAAGCCCCCACUACAGAAAGAUCGGCCCACCAACCCGACAAUACUGUCGAUACGCAACAAGUUGAAGACGAAGAAGCCCAACUGUGCGACCUACACUUCAUUGCCCACUGCCAGUCCUGCAAAACAUGGGAUACCAACGAGACCGAGGAAGCAGGACAGACAGAUGAUGACAAAGGAUGGUUGACACACGAACUCCGUUUCGGCAAGGACAUGCUCGGAAAAGACCUAAACUGGAAACGCGAACACCCGGAUGAUGCGGACUCUCUAAUGGUGAUUGAUCCCCGGGAGCGCGAGAAGGAGUUUGUAGGUCGAAAGAAAGGACUUGAGAGGGAUCGAGAGCGGGAACGCAAACGUGAGCGUGUGGGUGAUUUGGAAUGGGAUCGAGGCCGUACAAAGAAAUAA